AUGUCAGUGACUCCGGGGACGGAUACCUAUCCUUACAAAGCUUAUCUGGAGAAAUUUUUGUCUUACCAACCCAGAACUUUAAAGACACAGAUGAGAGCCUGUAGUCUGUGGGAAAAAGAUACGGCAGGACACAUGGACGAAGUGGGGUUAGAGGACCUUGGUGUAGCUCAAAAUAAGACCUUUAAUGUAACUCCGGGUCAAAAUGGUGGUGCCGACACGGUGACCAUUAACCAACCCAUCCUUACAGAGUUACCGGCCAAUUCUAAAAACGAAGAAUUCCGAGAAAGACACCAAGCUAUCGAUGGGAGUAAGAAAAUCACUUUGCUGGAUCAUUUACAUCUAGAUUUGUUUCAACAAGAUCGAUUUCUGCCCAAUGGAGUCGACGUCCGUUCGCGAUUUAAUCGAGCUAGACCCGCUUUCUACAUGAUGAUCAAAGGAGGAAGUACAGGAAAAGUGAAAAUUUUGAGUAUGGUCUUGUGGGUGAGAAAAGUUAAACCCACACCAGUCAUGAUGAAUGCCAUUAAUCAGAGUUUGAAUACCCACAGAGCCAAAUAUCCCUUGAGAAGAGUGGAAGUAAAAACCUUUACCAUCCCCACAGGAACUCAGUCUAAGAUUACGGAUUAUCUGUUUCAAGGCCAGAUGCCUAAACGUCUCAUUUUAGGCUUUGUGGAGAAUGCGGCCUUUAACGGAGAUCAAACUAAAAAUCCCUUUCAUUUCCAAAACUUUGGAAUUAAGAAAGUAGAUGUCAGUAUCAACGGAGAGAGCAUUAGUAUUCGUUGUUUUGAGCCUAAUUUCAACGACAAUUUAUAUCUGAGAUCUUUUCUCAGUCUGUAUCUAGCUCUGGGAAGAUUAGGAGAAGAUUGGGCUCCGGACAUUACCCUAGAAGAGUAUAAACGCGGCUACACUCUAUGGGGCUGGGAUUUCACUAAAGAUCAAGAGGCGCAAUCGGAUAAAUUCCACAUCAUAGAAACAGGAAAUCUGAGAGUAGAAGUGCAGUUUACCAACAAUACGGCUACCACCAUAAAUUGUGUGGUGUAUGCAGAAUCGAUAACCUAUUAG